ACUUUAUCAUGGUUUUCUCCUCUCCUAGAGAAGAGCAUGAAAGGGGUCGUGGUUCCAGCACCCCAACUCCCUUGGCCUAUACUCCAAGCCUCCAGCCGAGACUUCAUCUUGCCUGCUUGUCAAAGAUCACGUCCCUGCAUUUGUCAAAUGCUCCAAUGUUGUUCUUUUACUACUUUUUGAUUGAUGUUUAGAGAGCUUCUGGGCAGAGCGUUUAGACAGCAAUCCAGGAAAAGGAAGACGGGCUCGCAAGCUCUCGAGGGCAGUGUCGCCUUCUACGCAUUGUUGCUUCGAUCAUGCGGAGAUUCGCACAACUUGGAGCGUGGGAAGCAAGCGCACGCCUGGAUUCAAGACAGCAUCUACAAGAGAAACCUGUAUCUCGCGAACCUGGUGAUUGAGAUGUAUGGAAAAUGUGGAAGUGUGGAGGACGCAAGAGUGGAGUUUGAUCGCCUGAGCAAUCCCAAUGUCUUCUCGUGGACGAUGAUUGUAUCAGCCUAUGCCCAAAACGGGUAUAUCGACGAAGCUCGGAAACUGUUUGAGCUGAUGCCAGACAAGGAUCUUGUAUCGUGGAAUAUGAUGCUGGGCGCUUACGUUUUGAGGCUCGACGUUGAUGCAUCUAAGGAAAUGUUUGAUCGGAUUCCAAAUCCAAACAUGGUGUCUUGGAACGCAAUGGUGACAGUGUAUGCCCAAACCGGGCAUCUCUCAGAAUCCAAGCGCGUGUUUGACGAAAUGCCCGGGCAAGAUCUCGUGUCGUGGAACACGAUGCUUCAGGCAUACGCUGAUCACGCCAAGCUAGAAGAAUUUCUGCUCAUGUUUGCAAAGAUCCCACACACAGACGCAGUCUCAUGGACAGCGAUGAUCAUCGUUCACGCGAGCUGCGUUUCAGUGGAUGCUGCAAGGCGUGUUUUUGAUCGAAUUCCUGAGCGCGACGUAGUUGCCUGGACCGUCAUGCUCCAGGUCUACAGUGACAAUGCCCAGCCCCGCGAGGCCGAGAGCCUGUUUGUGAGCAUGCCCGGCAAAGACGCUGUGGCGUGGAACGCCAUGGUCACGGCUUAUGCUAAUGGCGGGGAUUUGCUCAAAGUGAGAGCUCUGUUUGAUUCCAUGCCAGCGAGAAAUCUCACGUCCUGGAACGCUAUCAUUGCGGCUUUUUCCCAAGUUGGCGCUGCAGAGGACGCGAUUGAAACCUUCACCAAGAUGCCAAGACGAAACUCGCUAUCAUGGAACGCGACGAUUCAAGCAUUUGUCGCAAGUGGAAAUUUGCAGCAGUCAGUAGUAGCGUUUCAAAAGAUGCCCCAGCAUGACAUCUUUUCGUGGACAUGCAUGGUCACUGCCUACGUCCAUAGCGGGAAUAUGCGGGAAGCAAGACAUUUGUUUCAAGUGAUGCCGCUGCAAAACGUUGUGUCCUGGAACGUAAUGAUCGCUGGGUAUGCCCGGGCUGGGGAUCUUCAUGAAGCUCGAGCGCUCUUUGACGAGCUCGCACCGCACAGCCGGAGCUCCUUGUCUUGGACAGCCAUGGUCCACGCUUACGCCAACACAGGCCAUGGCGAGCUCGCGAUCCAUCACUACAGACUUAUGGAGCUCCAAGGCUUUGCUCCCGACGCUGUGACAACUCUGGGGAUUCUCACUGCUUGCAGCCGCGCGGGUCUCGUGGAUCAAGCCAGAGACCACUUUGGAAUGCUGGGGAAUCCCUUGCCGGAGCACUACUACUGCAUGAUCGACGUGCUGGCACGAGGAGCGCACCUGGAGCAAGCGGAGGAACUCAUGAACACAAUGCCAUUCGUCCCGGAUUUGUCCGCUUGGACAACUCUGCUGGGUUCUUCCAAGACUCAGGGAGACGUUGGAAAGGGCGCCACGGCCGCCGCCCAAGCGCUCCUGCUGGAUCCGGCCUCCCAGGCUCCAUACUUCCUGCUGUCGAAUCUGUACAUAGAGCAAAACCAGUCGUUGACCAAGUCAGUGGUUGUCAACAGAUGCUGACUCUUCUAGACUAGUCAAAGCAAUCAGCACUACUUGCGGCUACACUCCAGUGUCGCUGUCAAUCUUGUCGUGGUUGACAGGACUUUAGCCAGGACGGAAAAAGGACGCAAUUCGAUCGGAUAUGGUGCCUGCCUGGAUGAGAAUUUGUGUGUUCUAUGGUUUUUGUGCUUAAGAUCAUCCCUUCUUUGUAGGGCUUGUUCCUCUUUUUUCUCUUGAUUUCUCUUCCUCUCGUUUGCUGCGAAUCAUUCAAAGUUGGCAUCCGUAUGCACAGGAACCUUUUUAAAAAGAAGAGUACAUCUACACUCCAGCCAGCAAAAUCAUACAGUCAUUUUUGUUGUUGUAAGGAUGGUGGCGGUGGUGGCAGUAGUGAGUGAAGCUAGCUAGCUAUCAAAGUUUGUAACCUUUUGAUCGAUCAAUUCCAUAGCCGAGAAAAAAAUCGAUGCAUUAUUUCAGUCUGUGACAAGAAAAAUCACCUCGGGUGGAGCCCGACGAAUAAAAAUACGUGGCAGAUCGUGACUGGUUCUUGGGACUGGGGAUCUCGUGGCCCCAAGACAGCGACUAUAACUUGUUAGAGAGGGCUCUAGGCCGGAAGCCAUAGCCGAGCUCGUAGUGAGUGUCUGAUUUGGAAGCGCAAGAAGUUCAAUCCUCCCUAUCGAUCGAAAAUGUCUUGCGGAUCAUGCAACUGCUGCCCGAAGUGUGGCUGCAAGGCCAGCUGCUCAUGCGGCAAGAGGAUCGCUGAUGCUGCGUUCCUGAGCACCGCCGGAGACUUCAGCGGUGCGAACUUUGCCGCCCCGGUUGGAGUGGCAACCUGUGACAAGUGCGCCCAAACCGGGGUUUGCACCUGCGGGAAGAACCGCGUGGAGGGCGUGGACACUUGCGACAAGUGCGCUCAAACCGGGGUUUGCACUUGCGGCAAGAACCGCACCGUGGGUACCGAUACCUGCGACAAGUGCGCACAGACGGGCGUGUGCACUUGCGGCAAGAACUAAGGAGAAGAUCGCUCAUGGAAUUGAAAGAUUACUAUGGCUAUAUGGAGGCGUGUGUUUGCUUGGCGUGUAGAUCCUCACGCCGGCGCUAAAGCACAGGUCUUCCUCUCCUAUGGUUGUAACACUUGAUAAUAACUUUGGUGGAAAAUUUGUAGCUGUUA